AGUUACGUAAGAAAACUAUUAACAGCUCCAAUUCAUUAAUCGAAGAGUCUUCUUGCCAAACAUCAGUUAAUCAGCAACAACAAAUUAAUGACACAGAAUCUCUGCUUCAGGAUCAAAUUGAUUUAGAGAUAUCGGACAACACAUUGGUUAUUCUAAAUA